AUGUUCUUCCGUCACUUUGUUCUCCUAAUGCUCGUCUUCUCUCUACUGCUGCUGUCCACCGUCGCAGCUACCGAGAAACCUGAGAACGGCGGUAAGUUGAAGAAGGAUUCAGGAAAAGAUAUGAAGAAGCGUUGCAGAGACGCUCACGAAUGUCGUCUCUACAGUAAAUCUGACAUAUGCUACAAUCCGUCAAUGACACAUCUAUGGAGAAAAUGUCCAAAAAAAUGUGGCCGUUGUUAG